CCACAUUUUGAUGAUCGAAACUCGCCUUGCAUGGAUACAUCAUGGCUACAUUUAUAUGUAGGGUGCAGUUCUUAGAUGAUACUGAUCCAUUUAACAGCACCAAUUUCCCCGAGCCCACCAGACCGCCUGUGUACACCUUCAGGGAAGAUAUUCCUCUGAUUAAUCAGCUUGCUGGAGUCCACAGGCUGCUCAAAGCCCCACAAAAGCCUGAUGACUGUGCCCUUCAGCUGUCCCAUAAUGGAAGCUACUUGGACCUGGAGUCUACCCUGGCAGAACAGCGAGAUGAACUGGAGGGAUUUCAGGAGGAUGGAGGACGAGGAAAGAAACACAGCAUCAUUCUCCGAACGCAGCUAUCAGUCAGAGUUCACGCGUGUAUCGAAAAACUCUACAACUCAACGGGACGGGAGCUACGAAGAGCCCUCUUUUCCCUCAAGCAGAUUUUUCAGGAUGACAAAGACCUUGUGCACGAGUUUGUGGUGGCUGAAGGACUGACGUGUUUGAUAAAAGUUGGAGCCGAAGCCGACCAGAACUACCAGAAUUACAUCCUCAGGGCUCUUGGUCAGAUAAUGCUGUACGUGGACGGGAUGAAUGGCCUCAUAUCUCACAAUGAAACGGUCCAGUGGCUUUACACCCUGGUUGGAUCCAAGUUUCGUCUGGUGGUGAAGACGUCCCUAAAGCUGCUGCUGGUGUUUGUCGAGUACACCGAGUCCAAUGCUGCCCUGCUCAUAAAGGCUGUGAAUGCUGUGGAUACCAAAAGAGGUACAAAACUGUGGUCAAAUGUCAUGGAGAUCCUUGACGAGAAGGAUGGAGUGGAUACGGAGCUGCUGGUGUUCGCAAUGACGCUUAUCAAUAAGACUUUGGCCGGCCUACCAGAUCAGGACUCCUACUAUGACAUGGUGGACUGUCUGGAGGAGCAAGGCAUCGAAGCUACGGCCCAGAGACACCUGAGCAGGAAAGGGACUGACCUUGACCUUGUAGAACAGUUCAACAUCUAUGAGGUGACUCUCCGUCAUGAAGAUGGUGACGAUGACACCCAGUUGCCCCCAAGUGGCCGAAAGGACCGCCGAAGGGCCAGCGUCAGUGGCUCCAACGAGAGGCGAGGCCUGGAGAGAAGACGCAGCCGGAGACAUUCGCUUCAGAAUAGCAGAGGCCAUGCUUCUGCCCCAGCAUCCCCCAGCACCAGUCACACUCGUGCAAGUAGCUUCCUACGCUUCGGCGGCCAACACGAAGAUAUCAGUGAAAGGGAAGAGGAAGAGGAAGAAGAUGAGGCUGAUAAGGAGGAGGGUGAGGAGGAGGAUGAGGAUGAGGAAGAGGAAGAGGCAGAUGAUCAAAGUCAUCCAGUCUCUGAUUCCUCUAGUCAGGGCACUCACAGUGUGGUUCCAGCUGUAGCAGACACUCCUAACAUGUGUUUGAACUUAAUGUGUAUGGCCAACAUCCUCCUUAAAGCCAGUGACCCUGAAGGGCAGAGAGAGUAUCUCAGCAUCAAGACCAGGACAUCUUCUCCUGUGUCCGUCGCACCUAAAAAGAGGGCCUUUAGUCCUUGUCUGACAGAUAACACAUCACCUACAUCUUGCCCUGCUAGAAAGCCCUGCUGGGCUGAAAGAAUCAGCAGCAGCGGUACUCCACAUCCUGGCACCAAAUCCAUAUCUGAAAACCAGACUCCUACAUCACCCGUCCAUCGUUUCACGAGUUCAGCACCCUCCACACCAGACUCCAAACCAGACAGACCUGUUUUAGGGGGCUUGCUAACAUUAUCAUACAGACAGCACCAGGAGUCUCUGGCUGCAGAGAGAGAGAGGAGACGCCAGGAAAGAGAAGAGCGACUGCAGAGGAUAGAAAGAGAAGAGAGGAACCGCUUUAGUCGAGAUUACGUUGAAAAGAGGGAAGAAGCAAGACAAGCCAGGGAGGAGAGGUACAAGGCUGUGGAGCGGGUAGCUGCAGAGGAGUUUGAGCGGGAGCGCCCCCGAGUGCCAACAAGAGGGCGGACAGAGAUUACUCUGUGUUUGAGUCCAAACCCUGCCAGCCGCUCAGUAUCCCGCUGUGCUACACCUUCAUCCAUUAUUUCACAAGAAGACUCCUCAACCUCCUCACACCAGACUUUGGGAACAGAACACAUCACACAUCUUGAACCACAGACCAGAAUAAAAAGUGCAGCACCAGAGUUACCAGUAUCAGAACCAUCCCCCACACCUCCCCCAGAACCAGACAAACAGCAAACUGAGGCAGGGUCGCAGGCAGAGACAGAGGAUGUUGCUGCUGAAGAGAAGGUAGUGGUAGAAGUGGCUUCAGGUGAACGGUCAGGCAUGAAUAAGGAAGAGACACGAGAGCAGGAGAAGCUUGAAGAACAGAAACAGCGUAUGGAUGUGGAAGCAGAGGUAGCUGAUACAGUAAAGGCGGGAGAGCCAGAUGUAGAGGCAGAAGUGGAGUUAGAAGAGGAGUCUGAGAAGGAGCAGGCGACAGAAAGGGAUGUAGACGACAGCGUGCUGUUGAGUGAAAAAGAGAGACAGAAUGAGGAGGUGAAUGAAAAGGACAACUGCUCUGCGUCCAGCAUCUCCUCCACAAGUAGCACUCUGGAGAGAGAGGAGCGGGAGGUGAAACUCAACCGUGACAUCGAAGCAGGUCAGUGGACUCAGUGCAUUAAAGAGGCAGAUGUGAAUGACCAGUGCAACAAAAUUCUCAAUGGUAAACGCUUCAUGCUGGACAUGCUCUACGCUCAGAAGGCAGCCGCUGCUGAGGACGGUGGGAAAGUGUUAGAAUCAGAAAAGGAGAACUGUAAAUGUGAGAAGGAGGAGGUCAAUGACUCAGUGGCGAGUUUGGCCAGCAGGAUCUCCACAUUGGAGGCUCACAGACAGGCCAGAGAAGAAAAUGUGAAAAAAAUGGAGGUGGGACAUCUGGACAAUCAGGGCAGCGUACGGGCAGUGGCAGAGAGGUUUGGAGAUUUAGUCAAAGGCCUAACGUCUCCAUCUGAGGCAGAGACCUCAAAAGAGCAGCAACAGGCUGACAAAUCAUCGCCCGCCGCCUCGUCAGCUUUAGCCCCUAAGAAAGAGUCGGACUAUAUCUGGGAUCAGCUGAUGGCCAAACCAAGGGAGCUGCGGAUCAAAGACAUGGACUUUACAGACCUGAAGGAUGACGAUGACUUGGACAUUUUAGAUACGAACAGCAUGACAGGGUCAGGUGACUUAAUACCACCGCUUCCUCCUCUGCCAUGCAAUGCUGUCCUGCCACCACCACCGCCACUGUUUGGAUGUCCCCCACCUCCUCCAAUCCUUGGCAAAAUGAUGCCUCCACCUCCACCAUUUAUGGCCCCUAUCCCUCCGCCAUCCCCUCAGCUGAGCCGAGGGGAUAUUCCUCUCUUCCAGAAGAAGAAGAAGACCAUCCGUCUCUUCUGGAAUGAGGUGCGUCCUGUGGACUGGCAGUGUAAGAGUCAUAAAUUCUGUAAGGAGUCCCUCUGGUCCAAACUGGAGCCAAUUACACUGGACACAUCCAAGUUGGAGCAGCUGUUUGAGUCCAAAUCCAAGGAGCUCUCUGUCACGAAGAAAGCAGCUGUUGAUGGCAAACGACAAGAAAUCAUAGUCCUGGAUUCAAAGCGCAGCAAUGCUAUAAACAUUGGUUUGACUGUCUUGCCUCCUCCCCGCACAAUCAAGACGGCCAUUCUCAACUUUGAUGAGUACGCGCUAAACAAGGAAGGCAUCGAGAAAAUUCUCACCAUGAUCCCAACAGAGGAAGAGAAACAAAAGAUCCAGGAAGCUCAGCUGGUUAAUCCUGACAUCCCUCUGGGCAGCGCUGAGCAAUUCCUUCUCACCCUCUCCUCCAUCACAGAGCUGUCUGCUCGCCUGCAGCUGUGGGCAUUCAAGAUGGACUAUGAGAUUAUCGAGAAGGAAGUGGCAGAGCCCAUGCAGGACUUGAAGGAAGGAAUGGGCCAACUGGAAAAAAAUAAGACGCUCAGAUACAUUUUGACCACGUUGCUUGCCAUUGGCAACUUUCUCAAUGGCUCCAAUGCGAAAGGCUUUGAGCUGAGCUAUUUGGAGAAAGUCCCAGAGGUGAAGGACACAGCUCAUAAGCAGUCUCUGCUGCACCACGCCUGCGCCAUCGUGGUUGAGAAGUUUCCAGACAGUACUGACCUCUACUCUGAGAUCGGCGCUAUUACCCGCUUGACCAAGGUGGACUUUGACCAGCUUCAAGACAAUCUGGCCCAGAUGGAGAGAAGGUGCAAAGCAUCAUGGGAUCACCUGAAAGUCAUCGCAAAACAUGAGAUGAAACCAGCAUUGAAACAAAAAAUGUCCGACUUCCUCAAAGACUGUGCAGAGAGAAUCAUUAUACUUAAGACGGUACAUCGAAGAAUUAUCAACAGGUUUCACGCUUUUCUAUUGUUCCUGGGCCAUCCAGUAUACGCAGUACGUGAUGUCAGCAUACAUCGUUUUAGCAAGAUACUGAGUGAAUUUGCUCUAGAAUAUCGCACAACGAGAGAGCGUGUGCUGCAGCAGAAACAGAAGAGGGCCAACCACCGAGAGAGGAACAAGACCAGGGGAAAAAUGAUAACAGAUAGCGGUAAAUUUGGCGGAGCCCCUUCGGACAAACCAGAGAGCCAACCUCAGAGUAUCCAGAAUGCUGAAGAGGCGGCAGAACACGAGAACAUGAAGGCCGUCCUGAAAAGCAGCCUGCAGGGCGGAGAGAGCGGAACAUCCACAGUGCCGGGCCUUCGGACACGCACCAGAGCCAGCAGUACCAGAGGGCGCGUUGCCCCGUGGUGUUCUGCCAAUGACGACCCAGUAAACUGCACAGAUGACACAGCUGAUGAGAUCAUGGAGAGGAUUGUCAGAUCAGCCACUCAGGGGCCCAGCCAGAGGCUGCAGCCGCGAGAGAGGAGACGAUCCAGAGCCAAUCGAAAAUCACUGAGGAGGACAUUGAGGAACGGUUUGACAACAGAGGAGGCAAACGCUCUUGGAUUGUCUAAUGGUUCAGAGAUGCAAGUGUGAGCUGGACCCCCAUGGACAUCAAGAUAUCUGGAAGCCCUUUCACUGCCCCACCCCAUAUAGACAUAAACACCCAACCCAUGACCCUACUCUGCUCUGGCUUGGCACUAAAAUCCCCCACCACCACCAAGUUUGAUGAGUUGAUCUCAUCAUUGUGUUUGGACUCGACACAAGUGCUUCCUAAAGAAAGGGAAGGCUGAACAAGAUUUUAUUCCUAAACUGAUGGGCAGAGGGAGCAGAAACGGAAUGCUGCAUUAAAACCACUAAGCUUUGCCGUUGCUGGUUAAACACAGUUUACACAUGAUUUGCUUUCAUAAGGCUUCAUCACAAUUACGCUUUGAAUGUGAUAUUGCAUACAAACAUCUGCAGAAGUGCUUUUUUUUUUUUUUUUAAAGGCUGAGGGAAUCAGAACAGUUGGCAGUGCUUUUAUCCCCAUGGCCUUGACUGAAUUCGGAGAGCUAGAAGUUCGGUACAGACACUAAACCCUCAAAUACGUGUUUGGGUUUAGUUUCAGUCCAGCAGCUUUAGUGACAAAAAAAAAAAAAAAAGACAUUUCAUCUAUU